GCCGAGAGUUCUGAGCCAACGGUUCCUUUGCGGGCCCCGCCGCCGCCGCCGCCCCCACUCCUCGUUGGAGAGAAGAUGGUGGGCCGGAACAGCGCCAUCGCCGCCGGCGUGUGCGGGGCCCUUUUCAUCGGGUACUGCAUUUACUUCGACCGCAAGAGACGGAGUGACCCCAACUUCAAAAACAGGCUGCGGGAACGAAGAAAGAAACAGAAGCUUGCCAAGGAGAGAGCUGGACUUUCCAAGUUACCUGACCUUAAAGAUGCUGAAGCCGUUCAGAAAUUCUUCCUUGAAGAAAUACAGCUUGGUGAAGAGUUACUAGCUCAAGGUGAAUAUGAGAAGGGUGUGGACCAUCUGACAAAUGCAAUUGCUGUGUGUGGACAGCCACAGCGGUUACUGCAAGUGUUGCAGCAAACUCUUCCACCACCAGUGUUCCAGAUGCUUCUGACUAAGCUCCCAACAAUUAGUCAGAGAAUUUUAAGUGCUCAGAGCUUGGCUGAAGAUGAUGUGGAAUGAGAAAUAAAUGUCAACUUAAUAAUAUCAAUUUAAAAAUAUUUUAAAAAUCUUAACUUGGAAGAUGAUCAGCUCUGGGGGAGUAAGGGCAAAUAAGCUUGCUAUGGACUGUCCUACACUGAAAUCUACCAAAGUUAAUUUUUACUUUGUGUAGAUCCAUUUGUCUGUUUUAUCUAUUUUUCUCAGUGAAAAGUGUAUUUUGAUAGGUUUUUAUUUUCUAUAAAUACACUAUCAGUUAC